AAGCAAACAAAGUCAUAAAGUGGUGGUUGAGAAUUUUCUUUUCCAAAGAAAAACAAACGAACAACUCAACGCGUUCUAGUUUUUCUUAUAGACACCUUCUAGAAAAAAAUAACUCAACCCCAACAUUCUCGUACGCUUGAUCCUUCCUGGGCUGUCAACAAUUUUCCCUCUUUUCAUUUUCUGUUUCUGAAAAAUCAUACCUUGAAAUUGAAAGUCCCUUGUUUUUUUUUUAUUCCUUGGUGUUUUUUUUGUUGCUGUGAGAGAAAUGUGCCCUUUAAGGUUUAUCUUGGUGUUCUUCUCCGCCGUGCUGGCGGGUUAUUUUGCGUGGAAAACGGUGCGUUCUGACCCGAAGAUCGAGGUGUUUUCCGAGGAUUCUGCCAAUGAAGAUAAAUCCUUCAAGAAGGAAGAUUUUGAUUUCAAGAAGAUGAUUCAGAAUGGAUUUUGGGGUUUCGUUGACAUGGCUAGUGGGAGCUAUCUGUGGAGGAAUUUGAGGCCAACCAACAAAGAUGCCGAAUUGAAGAGUUCUUAGUGACCUAACCCUCUUCUUUAAUCAUGAGUCUUUGUUUAGUGAUUUGUCUUGUGGAAAUGUAUGUGUAAAUUAUUGUAUUCCCACUUCUCUUUAUCCUUGUUUGUGGGUUCAAGAAUGUUUGGUGGAUAAAUUUGGCCAAAGAAACGUUGUGGAAUUCUCAUCAUUCUGCAGGUUGUCGUAUGUUUUGCAAAGCAUUGUUAGUA